AUGCCCGCGGCUGACACACACAACGCUCGAUGGAACGAAAAGCCAGAGAAAUGGAACGGAGAGCACCAGCACCACGGGGCGGCGGAUCGGCCGUCGGAGACGGCGGCGCUGCGGGCGCUGGUGGACCGGGUGUACCGCGGGGAGGUGGAGGCGGCCCGCGAGGUGCGGCGCCUCACGUGGGCCUCCGCCCGGCACCGCCGGAAGCUGGCGGCCGCCGUCGAGCCGCUCGUCGCCAUGCUCCGGUCCGGCGCGCCAUGGCUGCUCACGCUGCUCAACCUCGCCGUCAGGGACGAGAGGGAAAUACUGAAGCCGAGAACAACCGAUCUUGCAGAUGUGAGUGCCCGAUGCUGACCAGUCUCCUAGGAGCGGCAGAGAAUAGUUGGUUUAUAACAGAGCAUCGUGAGAAACAUAACCACUCAAUGUAUCUGACGAUGGGGGAGAAAGUACAUUUGAACCACAUGCUCAUGGUAGACAAGUUUGAAAAUGCCUGGACUAUGUUGAUGGAAAAGUAUAAUCUAAAACAGCACCCAUACAUGAUAAUCUAAAACAGCACCCAUACAUGACACAUGAUAUAUGAGAUCAGGACCAAGUGGGCGAAGCCUUAUUUCAUGAAGGUUUUCUGCGCAACAAAUGACAAGCACACAGCGCAGCCUGAGUGCAAAUAAUAUGCUGAAGAUAUAUAUGCCUCCUGCCAGUCCGAUGCACAUGUUUGUGAGGCAGUUUAUGCGGCUCCAGUUUGACCGUGAACGCGAUGGAAGC